AACUGACCACUCUCCAAGUUUAAAUCCAAGUUAAACCAGAACAUAUAUGCCAUCAUGUGCCAGCAAUGCCCCUCUGCCAUGUACAUUGGUCAAACUGGACAGUCUCUACGUAAAAGAAUAAAUGGACACAAAUCAGAUGUCAAGAAUUAUAACAUUCAUAAACCAGUUGGAGAACACUUCAAUCUCUCUGGUCACGCAAUCACAGACAUGAAGGUCGCUAUCUUAAAACAAAAAAACUUCAAAUCCAGACUCCAGCGAGAAACUGCUGAAUUGGAAUUCAUUUGCAAAUUGGAUACUAUUAAUUUAGGCUUAAAUAGAGACUGGGAGUGGCUAAGUCAUUAUGCAAGGUAGCCUGUUUCCUCUUGUUUUUUCCUACCCCCCCCCCCAGAUGUUCUGGUUUAACUUGGAUUUAAACUUGGAGAGUGGUCAGUUUAGAUGAGCUAUUACCAGCAGGAGAGUGAGUUUGUGUGUGUAUGGGGGUGGGGGGGAUGUGAGAAAACCUGGAUCUAUGCAGGAAAUAGCCCGACUUGAUUAUGUAAAGAGUUGUCACUUUGGAUGGGCUAGCACCAGCAGGAGAGUGAAUUUGUGUGGGGGGGUGGAGGGUGAGAAAACCUGGAUUUGUGCUGGAAAUGGCCCACCUGUUGAUCACUUUAGAUAAGCUAUUACCAGUAGGACAGUGGGGUGGGAGGAGGUAUUGUUUCAUGAUCUCUGUGUGUAUAUAAAGUCUGCUGCAGUUUCCACGGUAUACAUCUGAUGAAGUGAGCUGUAGCUCACGAAAGCUCAUGCUCAAAUAAAUUGGUUAGUCUCUAAGGUGCCACAAGUACUCCUUUUCUUUUUGCAAACCCCUGACUAGUCUGGGUUGCACCCAGAAUUGUGAUAUGUUCCCAUCUUAGUAUCAGCUGCAAACUUUAUAAAUGUACUCUCUCUGUCAUCUUGCAAAUCAUUUAUGAAGAUAUUGAACAGAACUGGACACAGGACAGAUCCCUCUUGAUAUGCCUUUACAGUUGACUUUACGGCUUGAACCAUUGAUAACUACUCUCCGAGUACAAUUUUCCAACCAGCUGUGCACCCAUCUUAUAGUAGGUUCUUCAAGGCUGUAUUUCCCUAGUUCGUCUCACAUGAUAUUCUCAUAAGCAUUGUCAAGCCUUACUAAGGUCAAGAUAUAUCACAUCUACUGCUUCCCCUCUACACACAAGGCUUGCAACCCUGUCAAAGAAGGAUAUUAGGCUGGUUUGACGUUAUUUGUUCUUGGCAAAUCCAUGUUGACUGUUACUUAUCACCUUAUUAUCUUCUAGGUGCUUACAAAUUGAUUAUUUUACUCCAUUAUCUUUCCCAGUACUGAAAUUAAGCUGCCUGGUCUAGAAUUCCCUGAGAUGUCCUCAUUCCCGUUUUUAUAGAUAAGUAGGUACUAUAUUUGCCCUCUGGGAUCUCUCCCAUCCUCCAUGGAUUCUCAAAGAUAAUUGCUAAUGGCUGAGAGAUCUUUUCAGCCAGUUCCUUUAAGUGUUCUAGGAUGUAUUUUUGUCAGGCCCUGCUGACUUGAAGAUAGCUAACUUAACUUCUUCUUUCUCUAUUUUAGCCUCAGAUCCUACCCCAUUUUGUUAGUCAUCCAAUCACUGUUAACCUUGUUGGUGAAAACUGAAACAAAAAUGCAUUUUGUCAAGUAUCAGAGGGGUAGCCAUGUUAGUCUGUAUCCACAAAAACAACGAGGAGUCUGGUGGCACCUUAAAGACUUAACAGAUUUAUUUGGGCAUAAACAUCUGAAGAAGUGCUUUUUUACCCAUAAAAGCUUGUGCCCAAAUAAAUGUUAGUCUUUAAGGUGCCACCGGACUCCUUGUUGUUUUAAAAAAGCAUUUCACACUUCACCUAUUGCUUCAUUUUCUGUUGUCUUUUCCUCCUCCAUUGAGUAACAGGCCUGUCCUGUCCUUGGUCUUCCUCUUGCUUCUAAUGUAUUUGUAAAUGUUUUCUUAUUGCACUUUUCUAUCCCUAGCUAGUUUAAUCUCAUUUGAUGCCUUGCUGGCUCUUGUUUAGAUGUUUCGGCCCCUGCUGACCGUGGCUGAUGAGUGGGUGGCCAUUGUGAAGUUGAGGGCAGGUCCAGACAGUGCUUUGGCUUUAAAAUGCUGUCCCUGCUGAGGGGGCCUCCGGGAAGAAAAUCUUUGUCUAUUUUACAUGGUCUUGGAAAUGCUUGUCGGAUGUCAGUUGCAUUCUUGGCACCUCUGCCUGACGUCCACAUGUGCUGAACCAUGUAUCCUUUUAACCAUAGUGUCGAGAAGGCUUGUGGCUGGUCUGGACAGCAUGGCUUGGGCAUGAUCUUAGAACUGGCAUGUAGAUCAUGAGCUCUUUGGGGUAGAAACUGUCUGUCUGCUAUGGUUUGUACAGUACUUAGCGCAAUCUUCGUUCCUGGUUGGUCCCUAGACACUACUGUGAUAAGAUUCCUAAGAAUGGUCAUCUGUCCCUGAGAAUGUGAUAUACAUUGAUGUUAAUUGCCCCUGAAGUUGGCUGGGGUGUGGGGAUAACCAAGCCAUGUGUCGUUAGUAUGUUUACUGCUUUUCUAUCACGCAGCCACCCUGUCCUGCCUUUCAAAAGGCAGUUCGUUAGGAAAGGACAGCAGCCCCUUUGAGGAGCGAGGAGAAGCAAACUUACCAACACCUUUACCUGCUGUCCCUGCUAACUGGAGGCUGCUGGAAGUGGACAGCUGGGGUCCCAAGGGAAUCUCUCCUUCUUACUGUGUGUACUAAUGAAUACCCAGUUCCUUCUCACUGUGCCUUAUGUAAGAAGGGUGAUAAAGAUAUUUUGAAAUCAUCUUCUAGGGUGGAGGAGGGAGGGCUCAAAAGAACAUUUCCACAGGAGGUGGGAACUGCAGAAGGGACGUUUGAGGUUCAGAAAGGAUCCAGCUGUUGCAGCUGCUGCAGGCAGGAAAGGACAGCAUGGCCCAGCAGAGAGCCUGUGAGUAGCAAACGACCCCCUUUCCCUAUUUCUUCUGCCCAGCCCCAAACUCCUCCUGGUGGGGGGGAAGGGAGGGAGGAAGUGAGAUAGAUUUGCCUUUGCUGUUUCACUCACUGCCCCAGCGGGGGAGGGGAGGGGGAAUGGGGAGAGGCAGAUGUAUUUUCUCUGCCCUAUGUGGGGAUGGAGAGGGGAGGAUGUGGGGGGAGGGGGGAGAGGAGGGGUGUUAACUCUUUCUCAAUGAGGGGUGAGACCUCCCAAGGAUCUGUACUGUGGGGAGAGUCAUUUGAGUUCAGCUCCUGAGCUCCGAGCUGUGUGUGAGGAUGCACCACAGCCGUAGGCCCAGACAGGAAGCAGAACGGAGAAGUUGGUCUCAUUUACUUUAGCUUAGAACAGCCCCCUCUGCCCAUGGAGAGACCUCGCCCCCCCAGCAUUUACCCCUCUGCUGUAGGCACCCUUCCUAUUUGGGCUGGGGAUGGCCAGCUAGGCUUCUGCUUGAGGGGUUUAGUCCCUCUGAGCCCCCAGGGGUGAUUCUUCACCCAGCUGCUCCUCCCACCCAGACCUCUCUGCUCACACCACCAGUCCCUCUGACGCCCUGGCUGCCAGCAGUUCCCAAGCUGUAACUCCUUGUGUCUGCCCCCCUCCCUCCCCCCGGGCAUCCCAAUAUAUCUGCCUGGGGGGUCCCUAGACUUCAAGGGCAGUGAGGGCCUGAGGGAAGGUCCUGAACUCAGCUCCUGACCACUGAGCCGUGAAUACAUCUAGCUGGCUACAGCUGCAGUGGUGUGCCUCACGCUGUGACCCUGUCUGUUGCCAGCAAAGAGCGUGGGUCGGCUUAGUAGGUUCCUGAGGGGAAACCCAUUAGUGAGCACUCAGCAGGUAGCAUUUCUAGCCGAGUCAGCCCUGAGCCGAUUGCCCAGGGGCCCUGAGCCGUUGGCAUGAAAGAUCCCUUGGCACUUUGGGAGAGAGUAUGGCUUCUUUAAACUUGUCUCCUAGUCAAAUUUCAAGUCAGGUAAUUUAAGGGCUGCUGUGAUGAGGUUGGUGAUCGAUUGUUCUCCAUGUCCACUGAAGGUUGGGUAAGAAGCAAUGGGCUUAAUCUGCAGCAAGGGAGAUUUAGUGUAGAUAUUAGGAAACACGUUCUAAUGAUCGGGGUAGUUAAGCUCUGGAAUAAGCCUCCAAGGGAGGUCGUGGAAUCCCCGUCGUUGGAGGUUUGUAAGAGCAGGUUGGACCAACACCUGUCAGGGAUGGUCUAGGUUGAUGUGGCCCUGCCUCACGGGGCUGGACUAGAUGUCCUCUCGUGAUCCCUUCCAGCCCUGCAGUUCUACUGUCCCUGCAGCUUCAAUCAGACACAAUAUUCAUGUCCUCUUCCCGCCUGUCGUCUCGUGCUGUGUAAGGGGUGCAGGGCAGGUACCGCUAAAACCGCUCCCGUGCUUCACUGCAGCAGCAGGAGCAGCUUGUCAUUGGUCUGUAAAUGACCCUUUAGAGUUUGUGAUGUGCUCUGAGCCCCUUAGGGAGGAAAAGUGCUACAUUAACGUGGGGCUAACGGUGCUCAGCCACCAACACGUUCCUUUCAGACCCCUAAAUGAGCAGCCAGAUUUCCAGGCGAGAGCAGUGGGAGUGCUCUUGGAAAUCAGGCUCACACGCUGUAAUGAUCUGUUCCGUCCAUUAGGUCAGGAGCAAGAUGACCGCGCGAGUAAAGUGACUCUCUCCACGAUGAGGCUCAGAGUCCUGCCUCCUACGGUCCUGCAGGACCCCAGAAUGGAGAGCCUGAACCUGGACCGGAACAAGCUGAAACACGUCGCCGGGAUCUCGAAGCUCGGCAACUUGAGAAAGUUGAUCUUGUCCAAGAAUGAGAUCGCGGACUUCCCCGAGGAAAUACAGAGCCUGGUCCACCUGGAGAAGUUGGAACUGAAUCAGAACCAAAUCCGAGUGAUCCCGGAGGGGAUCUUCUCCUGUCUUCCCAGGCUCAAACACUUGCGGCUGAGCAACAACCGCCUCAGUGCUCUGCCCAAGGACUUGGCCACCUGCAGCAGCAGCCUCCAGUACCUCAACCUGUCCAACAACUUGUUCCGAGCCAUCCCCCAAGCUGUCCUGGAGCUGGUGAGUUUACAGGAGCUCUAUGUGCAGAAUAACACGUUGCGCCAGCUCCCCAGGGAGCUGUUCGAAGGGAGGCCGCUGAAGAUGUUCAAGGCAAAUGGGAACCCGCUGCGGGAGCCUCCCAAUGAAGUCUGUGCUGGGGGCAUCCAGCAGAUCCUGAGCUACUUCAGCCAGCUGCAGAACUGCCAUGUGGAGGAAGACAGGAGGGUGAAGACCAUGUUCUUGGGGGCCUCGCUGGCAGGAAAAUCCACGAUCUGUAAGAGCCUGAAGCAGAGGCAAGUGGUUCUGGUGUCUGAGGAGGAGCGGACAGUGGGGAUUGAGAUCAGCGAAUUCCACAUCCAGGACUUCACGUUUCUCUUCUGGGACUUUGCUGGGCAGCUGGAGUACUACGUGACCCACCAUGUGUUCAUCACCCCACAGGCCCUCGUCAUCCUGGUCAUUAACUUCCAGAAGUACCAGCUCAAUAAUGACAUCUUCCAGGAGCUGGUUGGCUUCUGGAUCAAUAACCUCUUCAUGCGAGUCCCAAACUCCGUGGUCCUGCCCGUGGGAACCCACACAGACUGCUGCACUGAGGAGGAAGUGGAAGAAAAGAAGCGGGACAUCAUGAGCAAGAUCCAGGCCAUGCUGGAGGAAAGGAGGGCAAACCUCGCCCACUUCAUCAACAACCUGGAAAGCAGUGAGGAGUCUGAGUUCUACGUGGACCAGUGGGACCGACUGAAGGAGAUGGAGAGCUGCACCUUGACUAUUUUAAACCUUGUUCCCGUCAAUUGCACUAAUUACUGGGAUAUUAAAAAACUUGAGACUACUAUUUUGGAGCAUGUCAGGAAUGAAGAAAUAUUUCCUAAUGUUAUCCGAGUGCUGCCCCCUGUCUAUAAGGAAGUGGAAGCGGCAAUCGUAGAUACUGAGCAGAGUGAGGGGACAGCAGAACAUGGCAUAAUGGACCUCAACCACUUACUUAGUGAAAUCACCCGCCGAGAGCACCUGAGCCAUCUGGGCACAGAGCUUUUCCGGGACAUCCUGAGAUACCUCCACCGCAUCGGGCUGAUUAUAUGGUAUGAAGAAAUCAAGCAGCUGGAAAGCACAGUCUUUCUCCGGCCAGCCUUUCUAAUAACCAUGUUCAAGAUCCUUGUUAGAUAUCGCCUGGUGCAGCAGCUGGAAAGCAUCUCCGUGGACCUGCUGGUGGGAGAACACGCUACCAUCAGAGACCAGUCCAACUGGGUGUGGACAUUCAAGUCGAAGGCCAUGCUGUGCCAGCGGGCCAUGCGAGCCUUGGUCAAGCACCAGCUCUACUUGGAAGGGAUGAAGGACGUCUUUGAGGAGAUGGUAGGGCACAAGGCCCAGAAGGGGAAGCUGUUCAGCCUUCUGGAGCACUUUGAGAUCUGCCUGGAGGUGAGGCAUGCCAAGGACCUCAACCCAGGGGCCAGGGAGUUUGUGCCAGGGAAGCUGUGGGAAACAGCGCAGAACUGCCGCGAGGCCUAUUACUUGUUUCCCACGUAUCUCAACCAGAGCGAGGAGGUUUCUGAGAGGUGGGGAGGAGAUCAUCUGGAGGAUCUCCACAUCCGGGCCUACUUCUCACCUGAGAUCCCAGAGGGCUUCUUCCAAAGGCUCAUGGUGAAAGCUUGCUCCUUCUACUCGGCCCACUGGAUUGCGAAGGUCACUUGCCUGCUCAUAUGCAGUGGCAAACCCUUGCUGAUCAAAGAGAACAACCAGAAGGGCUAUAGUUAUAUUGAACUCCGGAGCAGAAAGCCAGCGCAAAGGACAGAAUUCCAGUUCACAUGGGAUUUUUUCAUGGCGAUCAUCUUCAUCAUCCGGAAGCUCUCAGAGGAGUGGCCUGGUCUCCACAUGUGCAUGAAGGCACCUUGUCGAACGGCAGAAUGUCCUGCAGAAUUUUUCUGGCCAGAUGUGGAUGACAAGAACACAGUGACGAAGGAAGAAAUUAAAACUUGUGGAACAUGUGGCCAUCGGUUUCGAACUGAGCUGCUUUUACCCAAAGUUCCAAGUGACCUGGAGGUUCCGCAGCCCCCGCCCCCUGCUCACUAUUAUGUCACUAGCUAUGGGACUACAUCUUUCGGCCCCAGCAGCAUCCACGUCAAUCGCCAGAGUAUCUUGGACAAAUGACUCGGCCUGCCCAAGAGGUCCAUUGAGAAGGACGUCCUUUUAGCCAAGACUCCUAGCGUGUUGAGCGCCACGCUAAGCAAUCUCUUAAGCGCUCUGUACAGCAAGAUCCAUUUCACUGUUUGCAGUGUGUGUACUGGCGGUGUUGUGCAAUAAACAAUUUCUACCCACUGGA